GCCGGCCUCUGACACCCAGUAUGUUGGACAAGCCCAUGUAUGACAGAAUCCCUGUCCUGCACAGCUUUUUGCGCCGCUGAAAGGUCUCGGGAGUUUCUACUUCCUUACGAAAUUCUCUCCCGUUUAUUGCGAGUCGGACAGAUCGUCAUGUUUUCAUACGCACUGAAGAUUGUGAAGGGAGACUCAACUGCGAUCAACAAAAAUGACAUCAACCCCAAUACGGUCUCUGAACAAAUUGGACAUGUCUUGCUUUCUCUCGAUGAGGUGCUACGUGACGAUAUUGGCGAGGCGGAAACCAAACUGGCCACCGGAGACUCGAGUUUUCACAAACUUGGUCUAAGUCUAGCAAUCUUGCUUCGAGUUGCCUUGGGUUCAGAUGAGAAAGUAACACAAAGAGCAUCUGACGUACUUCACGAAGCCGAAAAGUCCUCUCAAAAUGCAUUUCAUUUCAUCAAGAAGAACCAACAGUCAUCUGACGACUCGAUGUACCCUCCAGGGUCUGCAUUUGCUCUCUGUCACGCGCAAUGCCAACUCAUGAUUGCCAUACUCGCGACCCUGAGCGCGAAAGUUCCUGAGGCCAUAAAAGGGUUCUAUAAAUUGAGAAAGGCAUAUAUGACAAUGCAGACCAUCGUACAUGCAGACAAUUUGUUCAGGCAGCGGAGAUCAACUUCGAAUGUAUCUCCGACGGAUGUGCAUGCUCAACACACAUACGCCAUGCCGGGGGGGUUUUCAGAUUCUGAACCAGAAACAGGCACACAAGUUCCAGAAAUCAAUUCGGAAAAGAAAAUGACUCUGGCGAGCACAGGCUUUGUUUCUAGUGAUGAAGUUUUCACCAAUAAUAGCGACAUAUACAUCCAAUCGGGCACAAACCUGUGUUUUGGUGUUCUACUAUUAAUGCUCUCGCUAGUCCCUCCGGCUUUCAGUCUCCCGCUGCGGAUUAUAGGAUUCAGAGGAGACAAAGAGAAGGGUCUUCACCUAUUAUGGCAAGCCACAAAGUACGCCAACUUACAUGGUGCUAUGGCUGGCUUGAUGCUUUUAAGCUACUACAAUGCGAUUCGAGCAGUCUGCGAUAUUCUGGACGACAGAGCAUAUCCCAAGGAGAGGUGCGAGAAUUUGCUCGUCUUGAUGACCAGGAGAUACCCUCACAGUCAGUUCUGGAUGUUGGAAGAGGCUCGAGUGCAGGUUGCCAACCGCAAUCUCGCCCAGGCUAUCAAUUUGCUGAGCCGGCAGGUGGAGAGACCACUCAAACAAGUUGAGGCUUUGACGAUACUGGACAGGGGGUUCACUGCGAUGUUUCUUCACGAUUAUGCACUGUGUGCGAGUGAUUUCAUACUAAGUGUUGACUUGAACAACUGGUCUCAUACUUUGUAUUACUACAUCGCCGGCUGCGCCCAUGUAGAAAUGUAUCGUCGCUGCAACGAGAAGGAACCAAAAGCGAAAGAAACGAACAGAACCAAGGCCAGAGAAUUUCUGCAUCUGUCCAAGGAAGCAGCCGGAACACAACGUCUGAUGGCCAAAAGGCUUCCAUUCGAUGUCUUCGUUCGCCGCAAAAUUGAGAAAUGGGAACACAAAGCCACUGCGCUGUCGAUCGACCUCAUAGAUGCAGUUGGUGUGAGCCCCAUCCAGGAGAUAACCUAUUUCUACGGCGGUCACAGGAGGAUGAGACAACCACAACUGGAAGAUUCGCUCUCAGCGCUUGAGUGGUCGAGCAUGAUGUCUCAUUGGGAAGAUGAAUCUCUCGAUGAACGCGCAAUUCAGACACUUUUGCGAGCGAAUAUCUACACCACCAUGGGAGACUUGCUGACAGCCAGAACUCUGCUGCAGGAUGAGAUCUUAUGUCACAGUAAAGCAGCCUUCAAGGGGCCUCUCAAAGACGACUGGACUUGUCCAUGUGCGCAUUACGAGAUGGCUGUCAUCUGUUGGAUUGAAGGUCGGGAAAACGGAUCUUCGUCAACUGAAAGACUGAAAGAAUGUGCGAAGUGGUUGAAUGACGUGUCAGCAUGGGAGAGCUACGAUCUUGAUGCCAGGGUGUCCGUGAAAAUCAAGACUGCUAGAGAGACAUUGAAAAAUCAUGUUUCGACCGACAGUAGAUCUUGAUUAUCAGAGCAUUUAGGGGGCUUUGAACAAUGCCAAUCGCUGCGGGGCGCCUGUAGCAAGGGAUCUGCCAGGGAUGUAUGCCCUGAAGCAUAUGGCAUCACUCGCUAAAACAGCGUGUUGUUGAGGGGAAACUACAGCGCUCUCAACAUCACCAGCAAAAGCAUAUCUGCCUCACUACAAUAGCAGUCUUUUUACACAAAAACAUAUCCUUCGUCAUAUCUUG